AUUGUGAAUUGAAUGUUGUGUGUAUAAUUAAAAAUUUUAAUAUUACAGAAAACAUUUGGAGGAUUCAAGUAUAUUGGGUACAACAAACAAAUAAGAGAUUUUCGACGUGGAUCCUAUCAAUCAAACCAUCAGAAAUUGUGGUACCGUCACCAUCGUCUGGCGGCCAUGCAGAUAUAAUCCAGAAGCUGAAUGCUAUUGAGACCCGUCUCACUGCCAUUGAGAAGUCCCUAACAGACAAAAUGCCAGUGAAGGCCGAGGUGCAGGCGCAAAGUAAAUUAUUGCGCGAAUGCCGCGUCAUAGCGGCAAAGACGCACCAUUCAAUUAGCCGCAUCACCGGUGAUUUGGAGGACGAGCAUUACGUGGAGCUCGCUUCGAAACUGCCCAUGUCAUCGGAAAAGCACGUGCGCUUCGUGGAAGACAAACUUUCCCAAAAGGAAAGCACGGAUGCUAUGAUGCGGCUAAUAUUGAAAUCAAAGGGCGCAAAAGGCAGUGUGGACGGCGUACUUCGUGGUUUGUUUUCAGACGAUGUAAUGUACGAUUAUUUCCUGACAAGGAUAAAAGCAGUAUAUGUGGGGAGCUCCGGAGAUUUGUGGCCUUAA